AUGGCGAACGAAAUCGGAUUCUUCGAACUCAACACCGGAGCGAAGAUCCCGUCUGUAGGUCUCGGGACAUGGCAGGCUGAUCCUGGCGUCGUCGGAGACGCCGUCGCCGCCGCUGUGAAGAUUGGCUAUCAGCAUAUUGAUUGUGCUUCGAGAUACGGCAAUGAAGCUGAGAUUGGGACUGUUCUGAAGAAGUUGUUUGAAGAUGGCGUAGUGAAGCGUGAGAAGCUAUUCAUCACAUCAAAACUCUGGUUGACUGAUCUUGACCCUCCGGAUGUGGAGGAGGCAUUGAACAAAACCCUCAAGGAUCUGCAGCUUGAUUACGUCGAUCUCUAUCUCAUGCACUGGCCAGUUCGGUUGAAGAAAGGCACUGUUGACUUCAAGCCAGAGAACAUAAUGCCUAUCGAUAUUCCAAGCACAUGGAAAGCAAUGGAAGCACUGUAUGAUUCAGGCAAGGCACGAGCCAUUGGCGUAAGCAACUUCUCUACGAAGAAACUCUCGGAUCUCGUGGAGGUUGCUCGCGUUCCUCCAGCUGUGAACCAGGUUGAGUGUCAUCCUUCAUGGCAACAACAUAAGCUGCAUGAGUUCUGCAAGUCCAAAGGAAUCCACUUAUCAGGAUAUUCGCCGUUGGGCUCUCCAGGAACGACAUGGGUGAAGGCCGAUGUACUAAAGAGUCCGGUUCUGAAUAAGGUUGCUAAGGAACUCGGGAAGUCUCCAGCACAAACCGCUCUUCGUUGGGGUCUUCAGAUGGGUCAUAGUGUGCUUCCCAAAAGCACAAAUGAAGUGAGGAUCAGAGAGAAUUUCGAGGUAUUAGAAUGGUCAAUCCCAGAGGAAAUGUUUGGAAAGUUUUCUGAGAUAGAACAGGCUAGGUUAGUCCAAGGUACAUCAUUUGUUCAUGAGACGUUGAGUCCUUAUAAGACUCUUGAAGAGCUUUGGGAUGGUGAGAUAUGA